UUCUUCACCGGUUUGCCAGAAGACUGUGCUUGAGACCGGGGAGGGCAAUGGAGGCCACUUCUCCGAGUUCAGAGCCUCUGGACGCCGUGGGGCACCUUGAAGCCUUGUGCCUCAGAGGAGUCCUGCUGGCCGUCCUGCUGCUGUUCUUGCUGCCAUUUACUUUGGGUCAGUGCCCUGCCCCAUCACCGUUAUCUUUUGCCAAACCUAUGAAUCCAACUGAUGAAUCCGUGUUUCCCAUUGGAACAGCUUUGAGGUAUGAAUGUCGCCCAGGAUUUGCAGGGAGGAAGUUCUCCAUCACCUGCCAACAAGACUCAACCUGGACAAGUGCUGAAGAUAAGUGUAUACGUAAAAGAUGUAGAACUCUUCCAGAUCCUCUGAACGGCUUGGUACAUGUAUACACAGGCACUGAAUUUGGAGCCUAUAUUAAUUUUACUUGUAUUGAAGGGUGA